AUGUAUGCGUGUGUGUGUGUGUAUUUCAGUUUGUGUCUUUCAAAGGGCACAGAUAUGUUGGUUCAAGAUUCCCCACUGUUGCUGCUGCUGCUGCUGUUAGUGACGCAGUGCUUGGAUGGGGCAGAUUGUAGCACCAUCACCACCCAACGGCCAGCGCCGCGCCGGGACGGACAAUAUCCUCCGCCAGAGACUCUUGCCUUUCUGCGACCACUGGGCAAGCUGUGCCUGGAGGAGACGGGUGUUAGCCCGGAGGCGAUCAAGCGAUUCAGCGACGCCGAUCCGUUCGACGAUAAUCGUGCGCUCAAGUGCUACAUGGACUGUAUGUUCCGAGUGACGAACGUGACCGAUGAUCGCGGUGAGCUGCACAUGGGCAAGCUGCUCGAACAUGUGCCGGUAGAGUUUGAAGACAUUGCACUGCGAAUGGGUGUGAGGUGUACUCGGCCCAAGGGCAAGGAUGUGUGCGAACGGGCGUUCUGGUUUCACAAGUGCUGGAAAACAUCGGACCCUGUGCACUACUAUCUGGUGUGAGAAGGGACAAAAGUCAACCGGGUUCGUUGUGUUGACCCAUUAAGUAAGUAUCUAGCUACAUUAAGAC